AUGGCUUUCUUUCCAAAGUGGUUAACCUUUCUAAAAGGCAAAGAGGGCGUUCUUUCUAAUGCCAUCAUUGCAAUGUUGACAAUUGGUGGGCAGCAGCUUUUCUCUUUUUUUACAUUCAGCUGUCCCUGUCAUGUUGGGCAGAACCUUAUCUAUGGGCUGGCUUUCCUAGGGGUUCCUGCACUGAUCCUUCUCAUUGUUGGUUAUGCCUUGAAUAACCAGACUUGGAGGCUGGUUACAGGCAAAAGUUCUCCCCUUCAGGCAGCAGCUAAACCAAACAGGUUACUGCAGUGCAAAUUGAUCUGCUUUGUCUUGUGCAGCAUCACUGGGAGAGCCCUGGUUGCUCCAGUAACGUGGCUAGCAGUCACCCUGGUAAAUGGCUCAUACUACGUCUGUGCCAUGAGUGAGUUUAUCUCUGUGCAGUAUUAUGAAGCUAAUGUUAGUGAUAGUGAACGCAGAACAAUACUGGCUGCAUUUCCAUGCAGUCAGUUAGUCCCUCCAGAGCUGACUCGGGCAAGAGAUGAAGUGAUUCUCAUUCUCCGUUACCAGUCACAAGUGGCUGGCUGGUUUCUGAUUGCUGUGGUAGUCAUCACUGUCUUCCUGUCUUACUGCUUGGCAAGCUGCCUCUCCCCCCUCAGCUUUCUACAUUUUAGAUACUGGAUUAACUACGUUCAUAAUGAGCAGGAGCUUUUUGAUGAAGCAAUAGACCAGCACUCCAGGCUCUAUGCCAUGCAGAAUGUAAAGAAGUUCUUUGGCUUUGUCCCAGGAAGUGAAAAUGUAAAGGAAAUCCGUAUCCCAUCUCUCAGAGAGUGGCAAGCCAUUUCUGGGCUGGCCUUUCUGAAACGAGUGGAUGAGGAGCACUAUGACUACAGCCUCCUCCAUGACUGGGCACUCAGGCAGCCUGCAACUGGAAAAUACCUUAGGACUGGUGAAGACCCUGUGAUCAGAACACAGCCCAAAGCCAUCCACCGCCGAUCGCGGCCGGCGCCAGGCAUGCUUAGCCGAUGCCGGAGCUCAGCGCGCAGGCGCGGGCCGGCGGUGCGAGCGGCUCAUGGCUGA